CCUGCAAUAUCUCUCCGCUUUCAUGCAAGACUGGCCAACAGUCGGCAGCACGGCAAUAAUCUGCUUUUCUGUGACCUCAGACAAAGUCUCGUGAGCAUUCAAGGACUUAUGGAACUCAACGAAGGCAAAAAGGAGGGAGCUCCGGUGUCGAAACAAAUGAUGAAGUUUUGUUCAUCUAUCACGCUGGAAUCAAUUGUCCGGGUUGAAGGUGUCGUAUGUCCCGUCGAAAAGGAGGUCGAAGCGACUACCAUCAAGAAUUUCGAGGUUCACAUAAGCAAGAUGUGGACUGAAGUCAGUGUCAAUCCUCUCCCUAUUCAGAUUCCAGCAGCCUCUCAGCCCCCUCCCGAUGAAAAUGCCUCUGUGAUGAACCUCGAUACUCGACUGAACAAUCGUGUAAUUGAUCUACGUACAGCCACCAACCAAGCCCUAUUCCGCAUUCGUUCAGGAGUCAAACAUCUCUUCCGAGAGUACUUAGACGCUCGAGGUUUCGUGGAAUUCGAGACUCCCAAACUUCAAGGUGCAAUGACAGAAUCGGGCGCGAGUGUGUUCAGAGUGGAUUACUUCAAUAGACCCGCAUUUCUUGCUCAGUCACCACAGCUGGCGAAACAAAUGAUUGUGGCCGGAGACUUCGACAGGAUGUAUGAGAUUGGACCUGUCUUCAGAGCGGAAAACUCUUGGGGACCGCGACAUAUGACCGAGUUUACAGGAUUGGAUAUAGAGAUGGCGAUCGAGCAUCAUUACCACGAAGUAGUCUCCCUCCUCGAAGACAUGCUCUUGUUCAUCUUCCACGGUCUAAAUGAGAGGUAUGGAAAGCCGGGUGGCGAAAUCGAGUGGGUGAGAAAGCAAUGGCCAUCAGAGCCAUUUAUUGUACCCGAAAAGGCAGUCCGGUUACGAUUUUCCGAAGGCAUUAAGAUGCUUAAGGAAGCCGGGCGUGAGUUGGAUGAAUUGGAAGAUCUUAGUACGGAAGACGAAAAGACCUUGGGUAGAUUGGUUAAGGAAAGAUACAACACGGACUUCUUCGUUCUCGACAAAUUCCCUUCGAAGAUUCGACCAUUUUAUACAAUGCCAGAUCCUCAUGACGACGUAAGUGGCUUAGAUUGCUCCUCAUUACAGUGCACUGACACUAUUUCAUUGACAGAGCUUUUGAAACAUCGAAUGUCACUAGUCGACCCUCCAAUUGAUCCGAACAUCAUGAAAGAUUACGUCAAUGCCUUUGAGUAUGGCGCACCACCACAUGCUGGAGCAGGUCUCGGUAAGGAGCCAGUUUCCUAA